AAAAAAAAAAGUAGUGAUUGUUUGCAGUGGGACGGUGCAAAAAAGUGGUAAUUUCAGCUAUAUUUCGACCAGCUUGAAUCAGCAGCGAUGGGGAUUACGAAAGAGGAAGAAGAUAACGUCCUUCCUGAACAAUCUGAGUUGAUUGUGCCAGAAUCUGUUGAAACUAAACCACCUGUGUCGCCACGGAGACAAAGGCAGAGGCGUAGUCGUCACUGCUGUCCGACUGUCUCGCCCAAAUCAGCUGGCCAUAAGACAGGGGGUCACAAACGCACCCGGCGAUAUGAAAACACCUGUUUCCUGCUGAGUCUUGUGGAUGAAGCUGACUUUGGGGAGGUCUCCAUCAGUGAUUUUGUGGAGUCUAGCCAGUCAGUCUUUGAGCAGCUGCUGUCUGACCGAGACAGUCUGGAGAUAUGGAACGACUUCAUGAAUCGUCCUGAGGAUGAGCAGGAGAUCUUCCUGCAGCAGGUGGCAACCAAGGAGGUGCCCAAGAAGGAGACUGGGAAGCAGGAGAAGGAGGCAGGGACCGCGGUGGAUAAGAAAGAUAAUAAGGAUGAUGAUAAACGCACAGUGCACCCAGCACACACUCCAGAGGAGAGUUUCCAGAGGAUCAAUAGCCGUCUACGUACCAUGCUGCGCAGGAAACACCUGCCUAAGGGUAUGUUGCAGAAUCACGAGGAUGACCUGGUACCCUGGUUCACUGAUGACCCAGGAGCAGUCUUCAUAUCGCACAUUAACUGCAGCUUUGAUCGACUUCUCAUGCAUGCUGUGUGCCAGUACUUGGACUUACAGUCCAUUAGUUACGAUUGUGAUGGUCGUCGGCAGACCAAAGUUGAGAAUGGUCAGGAUUACUUCAGUCCACCCAAGUUACUUCUCUCCCAGUAUCUGGACAGUCUGCACAGCUAGCAGGA